AAUGGAAGCAUCUAAAGCUAGGAAUAUUCAACUCUUAGAAGAUUUCUUCAAACUCUACUACUUGUUUAUGAAUGACAGCCUCAGAGGUGAGAUCAACCUACCUCAGAUAGUUGUUCUUGGGAAGCAAUCCUGUGGAAAAAGUUCCAUCAUUGCCAACAUCAUUGGAGUUGACUUGAUGCCAUCUGGGGAAGGUACUACAACCAAAGCUUGCAUUAGAUACCAAAUCCAUCACGAGAAUGUUGAGAAUACCUACUACAUUGUCCAACAAAACCUCAGGACUGAAGACCCACAGGCUGUGAGGAACGAAGUCGAAAGAAUUUCUAAUGAAGCUAUUAAUGAAGAAACAAAGCAGAGAGCUGAAAAACAUAACUCUGAAGAGCCUCUUGAUAAGAUUAUUAUUACUGAGAAGGAAAUUGUAGUUGAUAUCUACACUAAAGACAAAUCUGCCUUGAGUUGUCUAGAUCUCCCUGGCAUGAUCCAAGACGUUGAAGAUGGUAUCGAAAAGAAUACCAAAGAAAGAAUCGAAGCUAUAGUCGAAAGAUCUGUCCGCAUGACUAAUACGAUCAUCUUGUUCGUCCAUGAUUCUGAUGAAGACGUUGAGAACUCUGCCAUAAGAAAAAUGGUUAAAAAGCAUGAUCCUAAAUUUGAAAGGACCAUCACUGUGCUCUCAAAGAUAGACCUUGGCCAUCAAAACAAGUGAGAGUAUGUAUUAAAACUACUUGAUGGGUCUAAAUUCAAGACUCCUCUCGGCUACUUUGCAAUAAAAGGUAGAGGUAAAGAAGAAAGAUUAGCUAACCAAACUAUUGAAGGUGCGAUUGCUGCAGAAACUGAAUGGUUCAGCAACCGCUCUGAGUAUGAUGAUGUUGCUACAAGAUGUGGAACUGAGAAUGUAAGAAACUGACUUCAAAAUAUCCUUUGCAACUGAGUCAUCGACAAUCUUCAGAACGUUGAGGAAGAGAUCCUCAGUACCUAUGAAAGAUAUAGAAAGAGAUUUUCUUUAUUGUCAAUUCCAGAUGAAUGAAAAACUGAGGAAGAUGCCUCUGAAGUGAUCUUCUCUGCCAUCACAGGCAUCACAAGAGAGUUUCACAAUUGGAUGGAGAAUGGCAAUCCUGAUGAUGUGGAGAGAGUACUCUCAGGAGGCGCCUACGUGAAGUAUAUUAUCAAAGAAAGCUACGAUAAGCACAUCAAGCCGCUAGACUGCUUGAGAAAUUACACUGAUGAAAUGAUUUACUCGAUUGAGCAAAACUUCAGUGGCCACCAUGAAAGAAUCUUGAGCAACGACGGGCCUUCUGUAUACUUAUUGAAACACAAAAUAAGAGAAUUUGAAGCGCCCUUGAAGGAAUAUGCUUUGAAUGUGAAGACGGCGAUUAAGUCCAUCAUUAGAGACAUAAUACAGAAACUUUGAGGCACUAAGUAUAGACUUGCUAGCAGAUUUGAGAAAAUUUCAAAAGAUAUUCUCAAUUCUCUGUUCUCUUCAAUCUGUGAAAAGAUAUGCGAGCAUAUCUCGAUGGAGAGAAACAACAUUAACUUUGAUCGACAAGAUUUCAAAUCCUAUAUGGGCCUCCAUGAUAAGAAAGAAAUGCAGCUACAAACUAUCAGGAGCUUCAUGAGUAAUCAAGGUUAUUCUGGCUAUAUUGACCAAAGUUUUGUAGACAAAAUCAGAAAUUACUACAUAUCAUUAGACAAUAGUCUUUUUGCUCAAUUUGAAAGCAGCCAGACAGCGCCUUCCUCCACAUAUCAUGCUGAAGAAGAAAUAAAGUUAGGAGACGAUUUAAGCAAUGAUGAGAGCACUGAAUCUAUGUCUGCAGAAGGUAGAUUAUUUGAUCGUGUUAAUGAUCCUAGACCAAUUAACAGAGCAAAUAUAAUCAAAAAGAAGUCCUCUCCAUCAACCAUCAAAGUUGACCUAAAGGAAAUCCCAAAGAACGAAGAGUCAGACAUCGAAGUGACAAAGAAGGUCGUCAACUGAUAUUGGAAUGCACUCAAGAAGGAGUUCCAUGACAUGAUGCCUCGCCUCUGCAAGCAUUAUUUCAUCAACAAGUUCCAAAAUGAGCUGGAGAAAAGUAUCCUCAGAAGUGAGAGACAAAUGAACGACAAGAUUGGCCUAGCAUCUGAUCCUCAAGAAGUCAUCGAUAACUAUAACGAUGUUAGGGAAGCUCUAGUGGACCUAGAGGAAUCUCUUGAGAAAAUCAAAGAUCUAAGAGCUAGUUAUGAAUAAAAAAUAACUUUAAAUUCUCUCUUUUAAU